AUGCAGAUCAUGUUACUGGAGGAGGACAUGAAGGGCCUGGAGGAGGACUUGAAGGGCUUACGGGCCAGGGUGGCGGCGCUGCAGGACGUGGACGACGUCCUUACUCCCGAGUCGUGGCACUGGGCGGAGGGCGUGGAGGCCGUAGCCCAGCGGGCGGCGGAGGUGAUGGAAGAAGAAGAGGAGGCCAUGCAGCGGGCUCUGUCGUCGCCGCUGUCGCUCAGGCUCAGGCCACGCGACCAGGCGCUCGUGGCGGAGCUGCGGGCGCUGGCCGCGCGCGUGGGCGCGCUGCGCGCGGACGCGGAGGAGACGGACGACUACAGCUACAUCCUGAAGACGCACGAGGAGAUGGCCGUGGCCGCACGGAUGGAGGACGUGGCCGUGCACAUGGAGGAGUGGAUGGCCAGCCUGGCCGCCAGGCUCACCUGCGGCGCGGCGGAGUUCGCGGCCACGCCUGGGGAGGAGGCGUUCGUGGCCGCCAAAGCCGACGAUGCCCGAUCAGCGCUCGCGUGGUACCGCGCCGGCGCCGGCUCGCUGCCUCAUGCCGGAGGUGGAGCAAGCCAGGCUGCCCGCGCAAGCUAUUGA